UACGUUUCGCGAAUCCCGAAUGACAACGCGCGCAUGGCUUUCCUUCAAUUUCUGUUGCUCCAUUGUGCCUCCCUGUUGUCCCCAGCAACCGCACUUACAUCUCCCCGAAGGUCAUCUGUCGCAUGGCUGCAGCCGUCGUCAAGCUCCUUCCCCGCUCCGCACAGGCGAGGCAGACGGAGAUCUGUCGGUGCCAGGCGCAGGCCGCUGCACGGACGACCCGCCAGCCGAGCAAGAAGGUGGUUCUGCCUGAGUGCAUCGCCUCAGAGGGACGUCGAGCAGCCGCUGUCAUUGGAGUUGCUGUCACUGGACCAUGAUGAGGUGGGCAGGUCGCUGGGCGAGCAGGUGCGGCAGUGGCUGGACGAGGAAUGGAUCCCGCAGGAAGAUCAUGCCGUCAUCGGAAAGUACGCAACUGUGUUGUGUGUGGUGGCUGGUCCGCUUGCUGUGCUCAUGGCGUGUUGUGUUUCAUUUCAUUUCAUGCUGUGUGCAGUCGCAUUCAGGCGAUCUACCGCGAUUUGCGGGCGUCGGGUGACGUGGAGGAUCUGCCUGGGCUGCUGGUGGGCAUGGGCACACAGCUGGAGAAAACUGACCUGGGAGAGGUGAGAUGAUGGAAAGCAGCACUCGCCUUCACGCUGUCUGCAUCCCUGCAUACGUGUGUGUGUGUGUGUGUGUGUGGCAUCCACCCGUCAGGCGUUUGUGGAUGCGUGGACGAUAGCCAACUACGUCUCAGACUGCGUCCUGGAGAAGAUCAGGCAGCGACAGGGCCAGCAGAGUAUGCCAGCCGCUACCCCCUCCCCCUCCCCCUCCCCAUCUCGCUCCCCUCCGCCCUUCUUCACUGCCGACCGCAUCAAGACACUCCGCCGGUCGCUCAACGACAACUUCAGCCGGUGGGUGUGGCAGAAGGACGUCUGUGACCUCGACGUGUCCUGGGAUGACCUCAACUGCGCCAUGGCCAUCAAACUGGGCUAUGACCUCAACAAAGAUGGCGAAAUCGACGUCACGAACCUUCAUGUGAGCCAAUGGAUGAGUACAUGGCUGGAGUGACUGGUGUUAUGUGGGUGUGGGUGUGUGGGUUCUCUGCAGCCGCCAUGGGUGGGUGAGUUUGCUGUGCCGCCCGACUUCCGCAUCGACGACCGUGCGUGGUUCAAACUCUCACUCGACCUGCCGGAAAGAGCAGACCAGCAACAGUCAGCCAGCAAUUCAGCCACCCACACCCCCUACAGAAAUGGUGGACACUCUGUGUGUGUGUGUGUGUGUGUCAGAUUCCUCGACAACUUCCUGAAGAGUCUACACGGCGCAGAGGCCGUCGCAAUCCGAUACAAACAAGUGAUGGCAUGAGCGAGGCGGGAACACUCAGGGGGCGGAGGACACUCCAGUGAUCCGAUGGUGGCGUGUCAUCGCCUUUCAGGCGAGUCCCGAGGACGAGGAUUUCGUGCGGCGUGCGCAGCUCUUGAAAUGGCUCUACAUGUGGGACUUCGGCAACUCAGGUGUGGUGUGUGAGGCAGACAGAGCCAACAACCCUACCCUGGUCAUCACGUGUGUGCAUUGCCUCUGUGUCAACCAACCAACAGGCUUGGUGGCCACAUCCCUGUUGCCCCCUGAGAGCAGAGCCGACUUCGACCCUGAUGAAGACGAUGAUGCCCUGGAUCAGUGACAAAGGGCCUUUGCAAUUGGCACCCAUGUUCGUCGACUUCUGCUCGCUUGUCCUUGUCCAGUCUCUCGCUCAGCUUGAGGACCUCAGGGGCCCGCCUGAGGUUGUCUUGCUGGUCAAGAGAGUGGACAGGGAAGGGAGCAGGGGUCGACGCCAAGAAAGGAGCGGGUGCACUGCAUUAUGUGUGUGAUGUGUGACCGAGUUGUGUGUGUCGUGUAUGUGUGGUUUCGAUGAUGGCCACGCAUAUGCACCCUCUUCGGGCUUUUG